AUGAUUGAGGAUUACAACGAAUUACCAUUAAUUUAUAGGGAAAAAUAUAGAUUAACAGUAUUACCAAGAUGGAGAAAAAAGCUAAUUCUAUUAAAAUUAUUUAUAUUGGAGAUCUUUUUUUUGUUUAGCAUUUUUUUUAUGGCAAUCAAAUCAGUAUUAUUUUAUUUUUUUAAUUACAAAAAAGGAUACCUUUUCAAAAAUCUAAGAUAUGGUCCAAAACCAAGAAAUAUUUGCGAUAUAUAUAUACCAACAAAAUCAAACUACCUAAAUAAUAAUAAAAAAGAUUGUCCUGUUGUAUUAUUUGUUCAUGGUGGCUCAUGGGGAUUUGGCCACAAAUUACAAUAUGUUUUAUUAGGUAAAAAACUUUCAGAAAGAGGUAUUGUAGUAAUGGUUAUAAAUUAUACUUUACACCCACAAGGCAAUAUCGAUGAUAUGCUUGAAGAUACCGAUACUGCCCUAAGAUAUUGUUAUGAUAAUAUUGAAAACUAUGGUGGCGAUAAAAAUAAAAUUUAUUUAAUGGGCCAUUCAGCAGGUGGUCAUAUUGUUUCAUUAUAUGGUGUCGAAAACUAUAGCAAAACUAUUGACCAACUAUCAGAUGAAGAAAAAACCAAAAAAAGAAUACCAAUUCAAGGUAUUUUUUCAUUAUCAUCACCUUUACAUAUUAAUGAUCACUUUUUACACGAAACCACAAGAGGUCUCGAACAUAUAUCACCAAUGCGUCCAGCAAUGAAAGGUCCAAAAAAUUUUGACAAAUACUCACCAACUAGAGUUUUAGAAAAAAUUAAAGAUAAAUCUAUUAGAGACGAUCGUUUACCAGUACCCUUUCCAGCAUUUUAUAUUUUACAUGGAGAAAAGGAUGGAACAGUACCAUUAUCAUCAUCAACUAAAUUCUUUUCAGUAUUAAUGACAAAACUUUCAAAUCCCACAGCAAGAACAUUAUUUUUAAAAUCUUACCCAAAUAUCAAACACAUUGACUUUAUAUUCGAUAUGUAUAAUGACAGCUUAGUAAUAACUCGUAACAUCUUUGCUGGACUUGACUCUGACUCUGAUGACGACCAACCAGACCAAAUUACCGAUUUUGCUGAAUAUUUAAAAACUGGUAAAAAAUCAAAUAAACCAAUCAAACAAACCAAAAUUAGAUCAACAAUUUUAAAUGAUAUAGUUAAUAUUAUAACUCAUUAA